UUCAAUAUCAUUAUUCUGAAAAGUAGGCGAACUAGCCCCGGUGUCCCCUACAUUGUACUAGGCCUAUAGGCCUACAAAAAAUAUCGAGAGGGGGAGUAUUUUCAAAAUCACUGGUUUGUAUUAUAGGCAAGUGGACAUCAUCCCCCACAUGUGAAUGCUCACUCCCUGAUGUACUAGCACAAGGACUGAACAAAAUGUUGGCUAAUGUGGCUAUUGCUUCUGUCAUUAUAGUUGGAGUCUUUGCAAUAUUCCUUGCCCUUCCCAUUUUUGCACCAUUUAUCAAACUGAUAAAGGAGAAUGCUCCAUUUUUUAUAAGAGAAUACUUUCUACUCGGUCGCAAUAUUCAGGAAUCUUCCGUUCAGUUGUUUACAAAGGAUGAGUUGGCAGAUUACGAUGGGACAGCUGGAAGCAAGGGAUUGUAUGUCGCUGUCUUGGGGAAGGUGUUUGAUGUGUCUGCGGGAAAGCAACACUAUGGACCUGGUGGCAGUUAUCACUACUUUGCAGGUAAGGAUGGAACUCGAGGUUAUGUGACAGGUGACUUUGGUGAUGGUGCUCUUGAUGACAAUGUAGAAGACUUUACUCCGAACCAAAUGCUGCAGCUCAUCGAUUGGCUUUCAUUCUAUGAGAAGAAAACAGAAUAUAAAUACAUUGGUAAAGUGAUUGGUCCAUUUUAUGACAGCAGUGGCCACCAAACAAGACGGUUGAAUCAAGUGAUCCGAUAUGCUAAGAAUGAACAGAAGAAGGAAGAUGCUUCGAAUGAUAAAAAGACACAGUUCCCUCCAUGUAAUUCAAUGUGGAGCCACGAGGAAGGCUCAGUGGUUUGGUGCACGACUGAUAGUGGAGGAAUAAAACGAGAUUGGGCUGGAGUGCCGCGGCAGUAUUUCGAACCUGGACAGGCACAUCCUCGAUGUGCAUGUGUGAGAGACAAAGGACCUCCUACAGGACAGUGGAAUAGUGAGAUAGAUCGCGGAGAUCUUCAUGAUCCCACUCUACGACCGUACACAGGCUGUGAUGAACGAUCACCAUUGUGUAAGCUGCCUGAGUCUUGACAACAUGAAGAAAAGGAACUUUCUUGGAUAGUUCCGGAAUGUGAUAUAUUAGCUGUUUGUGGAUCAUGAAUUUACAAUGUUAUUAAUAACUAAAAUUGGAUUGGUACGGAAAAAAUAUCACAAGCAAUUUCUUACAGAUUGGUGAAUCCACAUUCCAUAGUUUAAGAGAGAGUAUUACUUUUGAGAUCUUCAGUAGAUGUAGAAGAUUCGUUUUGUAGUUAAGGUGUUAUUCCUAUUAGCUAAUCAUUACUACAGCUGCUUGAUGCGAAAUAUUUAGAAUCAAUCAUAGCAUGUAUAUGUUGAUGUAGAAUUUGGAUAGUUUUACAACCCUGUUAGCUUUAUCAACGUUGGCAUUGUUUAUCAGGAUGUUGGACACUUGAAAUGUUCAGGAGUGUACUUAAUUUUUGGUCCUUGAGGGACUGGUCUGUUUUUGUAUCAUUAAUAAUGUUCUUAUAGAGACUUGUAUUAUAGUUUAAUACAUUUCUAAUGAAUUGAAUUAAUGUUUGAA